AUGCUUGUCCAGGUGACUUCAUCCAGAGAGUUGGGAACCCAAUGUGGUCCGUCAAGUAUGCUCACAGGACUUCUGUCAUUCAUGAUGGAUAACAGUCCCACCACUGGAAGUGUCUCAACUACUGCAGCUGAGAAGCAGAGACUUGCAAAGGCUUCUCUUGCUUUUAAUUGUAAAAGCCCGGUAUUCCGGAAAAUGUUCCCUGACUACAUUGAGAAGUACAACCAGCAGCAGCUUGCAGAGCAAUCAGUUACCAACCAGUCAUUACCAGCCCAAAAGGGUGAUGAUUCGUCGCCACUUCUUGCGGUACCAGCAGGCAGGAAUGGAACAGUAUUGGAAGAAGGUCAAGUUAACGGUGAAAUUCGAAAUGAAGCAGUGAAAAACAACAAAAAGGGAUCCAAGAACUUCCCCGUCUGGUUGCUGUUUGUGCUUUUCUCUAUAUUUGGAGCUGUGAUGGCCUUGCCUCUUCUUCAACCUUGAUAAUCUUGUGGCGAAGAAAAUCUUUUUUUAUAGAAGGUAGUCUGUUGGUUUGUUAGACAUGGAAAACCAGCAAACUUUUGUAUAGGUGUGAUGAGGGGUAAAAGCAAAGGGAGUUGAAGGGGUUUGUUUUCAGUUGUUGUCGAACUCACAGCUAAAUGGGGGCAAUAAAUAGCAGGAAUGGUCAUGCCAAAGUAGCCCAUUGCAGCUGUGUGUUGACGUAUGGAAAACAAAACAAUGUGUUAAGUGUUAUUCUAGCUGUUACUUAGGCCAUCUAAGUUUCAAAACAUGAAAACACUUUUUUCUGGUGAUGUCGUAUAUAUACCUAUAGUUUCUCUUUGGGUUUUUCAUUUCCUCAGUGUGUUGAACUAGUUCUGUUUAGGUCAUUAAACCGUGUCAACCCGAAAUAAGUUUUUGGUUCUUUUUUGUU